UUCGGGACCUGCAAUCCCAAAUCGGUCUUUUAGGGUUUAGCGGACAACUAAGUGGACUCCUUCACCAUCGGCCUCGCAGCUCUUUGAAGGGGGGCUUUGGUUCUUAGCAGGUUUGGGUUUCACCUUUCACGCAGUCUUUAUCCUACCGGUGGACACAUUACGCUUGCGGCAACAUGGCGUCUAAAUUUUGGGGUAACAGUGACAGUGAGAGUGAUGAAGAUAGUCAGCUCUCUGAUCACGACGAGGACGAAGUUAUUAUUGGUGGAGAAGAGGCUGAGAAAAUUGCCGACAAAUACCGAAUUGGCGGUGAUUCUGACAGUGAUGAGUCCGAUGAUCAGAGGCGAGUGGUUCGAUCCGCCAAGGAUAAGCGGUUUGAUGAGUUGGCGCAGACUACAGUGCAGAUACAAAAUCAAAUCAAUAUUAAUGAUUGGGUUCAGCUGCAAGAGAGUUUUGAGCGGUUGAACAAGCAAUUGGAGAAGGUCAACCGUCUUACGGAGUCUCAAGUUGCGCCCCGCGUGUAUAUCAAGGGCCUUGUACUGCUCGAGGAUUAUUUGAACCAGACUUUGCUGAACAAGGAAGCUAAGAAGAAGAUGAGUCCUAGUAACGCCAAAGCAUUGAACUUUAUGAAACAGAAGCUGAAGAAAAACAACCAGUUGUACCAAGCUGAUAUCGAGAAAUUCAGGGCUAAUCCGGUGUCAGAUGUGGAGUCUGACUCAGACGAUGGAGAAAACGCAGAUGAUGUAUUUAGUGAUGACGAUGACGACGAUCUUCCAGAGGAUCGUCCAGAGGAUCUCUCAGAUGACGCGGACAACCCUGAUGACGGAGGGGACUGGACGUCUGCUCAGAAGAAGCCGAAGGAGAUGUUCCCGAAGUUAGACCCUGGCCAGAUUUCGUGGGAGAUGGUGGACAAGAAGUUGAAAGAGAUAAUUGUGGCCCGUGGGCGCAAGGGUACAGACCGUGCCGAGCAAGUGGAGCAACUGUCAUACCUUGCCAGGUGCGCAAAGACCCCCGCGCAAAAGCUGGAGGUGAUGGUGCAUGUGGUGUCGGCCCAGUUCGACGUGAAUCCAAGCCUGAGCACACACAUGCCGAUUGCGGUGUGGAAGAAGUGCGUUCAGAACAUACUGGUGAUCUUGGACAUUUUGGCCCAGUACCCGAACAUCGUAAUGGACGAAACUUCGGAGCCAGAGGUGGAGAACGAGACGGAGAAGGGAGCAGAUCAUGAGGGACCUAUUCAUGUGUGGGGUAAUGUAGUGGCAUUUUUGGAGCGGUGCGACGACGAGCUGUUCAAGAGUUUGCAGUGUAUUGAUCCUCACACGAAGGAUUACGUUGAAAGGCUGCGGGACGAGCCUUUGUUCAUGACAUUGGCCCAGAAUGUGCAGCAGUAUGUGGAGAGGCUAGGCGACAUGAGGGCAGCCGCUAGGGUGGCUCUGAGGCGGGUAGAGCAUGUGUACUACAAGCCGCAGGAAGUUUAUGAGGCGAUGAGGAAGUUGUCGGAGUUGCAGAGCCGCUCGGGUGCAGCUGCGGAGGCUGGAGUCGAAGGUGAGGAGGAGGACGGAGAUGUCGCGAUGAAAGGGGUCACUGAGACCAAGGGGCCUGCAUCGUUCGUGGUGACCCCGGAGAUUGUUCCGCGUAGAGCCUCUUUUCCUAGUGUGAACAGGAAGCUGAUGGACCAGUUGGUGACUUUGAUCUAUAAGUACGGAGAUGAGCGGACAAAAGCUCGGGCGAUGCUUUGUGAUAUCUACCAGCACGCUAUUUCGGAUGAGUACUACACAGCUAGGGAUUUGUUGUUGAUGAGCCAUUUGCAGGAUUCGGUGAUGAACAUGGAUAUUUCAACUCAGCUUUUGUUCAACAGGGCUAUGGCGCAGUUGGGCCUAUGCGCAUUCCGGGAGUCGUUGGUAAUGGAGGCGCACAACUGUCUAUCUGAACUGUAUGCCGGUGGCCGUGUCAAGGAGUUGUUGGCGCAGGGGGUUCAGCAAAGCCGUUGGCACGAGAAGAAUCCCGAACAGGAGAAGCUGGAGAGGAGGAGGCAGAUGCCCUUCCACAUGCACAUAAAUUUGGAGCUCUUGGAGGCGGUGCAUCUGGUCACAGCGAUGCUAUUGGAGGUGCCGAACAUGGCAUCAAGCAUGCACGACAUGAAAAGGAAGGUUAUUAGUAAGCCAUUCCGAAGGCUGUUGGACAUUAACGAGAAGCAGACGUUCACGGGUCCUCCGGAAAACGUCCGGGACCACGUGAUGGCAGCUACGCAGGCAUUGAGCAAAGGUGACUGGGAGAAGGCAGUGGAAGUUAUCCAGAGCAUGGACGUGUGGAAACUCCUGGGGAAACGGGAGGCAAUUCUGCAGAUGCUUCGGGGCAAGAUGCAGGAGGAGGCUCUUCGGACGUAUAUUUUCACGUACUCGCCGUACUUCGAUUCCUUAAGCCUCGACCAGCUGAUGACGAUGUUCGGCUUGCCAGAAGCCCAGGUGCACAGCAUAGUGAGCAAGAUGAUGAUCGCAGAGGAGCUGCAUGCCAGCUGGGACCAGCCAACGCGUUGCAUCGUGACGCACAACGUAGAGCCUACUCGGCUGCAAGCAUUGGCGUCUCAAUUCGCCGAGAAGUUGAACGUGUUGGUGGAGAGCAACGAGAAGGCAUUUGAUGCGCGUACAGGUGGUGGAGGCUUGGAGGGUAUGGGACGACGCAAUAGAGAUACUCAGGACUACGCUGAUGCUGCAGGGGGCAGACGCGGCGGAGAUUUUGGAGGAGGGCGCGGGGGUAAUAAGGGUGGACGAGGUGGUCGUGGUGGCAGAGACAACUUCGGAGGGGGUCGUGGUGGUAGAGACAACAAUCAGGGAGGAUACAACAAUUACAAUCGCGGUGGACAGGGAGGAGGAGGUCGUGGCUACAGCAGUGGCUAUCAGAGCACCCGGUACCAGGACGCAUACAGCAGCGUCGGCAGGACUCCCUACCAAACAGGACCAACUGCUGCGGGCAUCAACAGAGGCCAACAGGCAGCAGACGCAGGUGGUCGCAUGGUAAGCUUGUCAAGGAUGGGCAGCCGCUUCUAGAUGCUGCGAUCAAUUUCUGCUACGAAAGCAGCGAACGAGGUUGCUGUUUUCAUGUUACGUUUUUGUCUUCUCCAGGUUAAAUUGGACAUCAAUUUUGUAGUAUUUUAUACUCCCGUUCUCCACAGAGAACGAUUCCAGUGUCUGAUGCAGUAUUUCAAUCUGCCAGUGGCAUCGUUUGUGUAGGAUGAGUUUUCCUUGUCAGCCAAUAUAAUUUAGGUAUUAAUGCUUAGUUUCUUCGCCUUAAGCUUGUCAAUGUGGACAUUCAGUGGAUUUUGAUUUCCUGAAAGAUUAUUUAGGUUUGCAUCGAAAACCUUGUUUUCAUUCCGAAUACAA